AUGUUCGUGAGAUCAAUGGCGGCUGCUUCUCCACCUCCACCACCGUCAACGUCCCUAUCAUCACAACCCCCGUCAUCGUCGCCGUCGCAACUUCCCCUCCGUGCAAUGCCGGGAACGUACGGUUGGCCGGUGGUUGGACCGUUAUCGGACCGUUUAGAUUACUUUUGGUUCCAAGGACCGGAGAAGUUUUUUCGGACAAGGGUUGAGAAGUACAAGAGCACUGUGUUCCGUACAAACAUUCCUCCAGCGUUUCCUUUCUUUGGCAACGUUAACCCUAAUAUCGUAGCCGUCCUCGACGUCAAAUCUUUUAGCCAUCUUUUCGACAUGGAUCUUGUUGAUAAAAGAGAUGUUCUUAUUGGCGAUUUCCGACCUAGCCUCGGGUUCUACGGCGGUGUUCGUGUAGGAGUUUACCUCGACACGACCGAGCCAAAGCAUGCCAAGAUCAAAAAAUUCUCCAUGGAAUUACUAAAACGAAGCUCCGAGGUAUGGCUAAGAGAGCUUCUCUCAAACCUAGACAAGUUCUGGUCAACAAUCGAAACCGACGUUUCCAAAAACGACGCCGCUUCAUAUAUCUUCCCUCUCCAAAGCUGCGUUUUCAAUUUUCUCACCGCUUCACUCGCCGGAGUCAAAACUUCCGUCUCACCGGAGAUCGCCGAGAACGGUUGGAAAAUACUCAACACAUGGCUCGCUUUUCAGGUCAUACCCACUACAAAAAUCGGUAUUCCUCAACCAUUCGAAGAGCUCUUACUCCAUACUUGGCCUUACCCUCCGUUAAUCGUCGCCGGAGGUUACAAAAAGCUUUACAAUUUCAUCAACGAUCACGCCGGAGAAGUAAUCCGGUUAGGUGAAGAAGAGUUCGGGUUGACCCGAGAUGAGACUAUCCAUAAUAUCCUCUUCGUAUUGGGUUUCAACGCCUACGGGGGCUUUUCCGUCUUUUUACCAUCUUUGAUCGGGAAAAUCGCCGGGGAUAAUACCGGUUUGCAAGAGAGGCUCAGAACCGAAGUGAGGAAGGUUUGCGGGUCUGGAUCCGGGUCGGGUUUGAAUUUCCGGACGGUUAACGAAAUGGAGCUGGUUAAAUCGGUGGUUUACGAAACGCUGCGUUUAAACCCACCCGUGCCUUUACAGUUCGCACGUGCGAGGGAAGAUUUUAAGAUCAGCUCACACGACGCCGUUUUCGAGGUCAAGAAAGGUGAGCUUCUAUGUGGUUACCAGCCACUGGUGAUGAGGGACGGUAAAAUCUACGAGGAUCCGGAGGAAUUUAAACCGGACCGGUUUAUUGGUCAGACCGGGUCUGAAUUGCUUAGUUAUCUGUUUUGGUCUAAUGGUCCACAAACCGGUACGCCUAGUGAAUCGAAUAAGCAGUGUGCAGCUAAGGAUGUGGUUACGCUCACGGCUUGCUUGAUCAUUGCUGAUUUGUUUCUCCGGUACGAUUCGGUUACUGGCGACAUGAGCAGUAUCAAAACCGUUGUUAAAGCUAAAUAA